GUGUUAUUCGAGGAUGAGUACGGCCGGUUUCUCAUGAUGGUGUUAUUUCUCUAAUAUAUAAGUUCACAUGUGCACCUUGGGAAUCUGCUCCUUUGCCAAUGCUGUUGAGCCUCGAGUAGCACGGACGUAACCUGCGUACGAACCCAGCAGUCCAUCCCUCGAUAUCGUCUUCUCAAUACAGCCUCUCCCUUUCAGCAACUUCUUCUGCAAGAUCUCACUUCCCUAUCACCAGCCGCUUCGCAGCCAUUCCUCCUUACCAGCUCUUCCGUGACAAGUCCAAUACAAGCAGCCUAGAAGAUGGCCGGCGAUAGCAAGAGCACCAAGAGUAGCGGGAGCAAGCAUAGUAAGAGUAGCAAGGACAGCAAGAGCCACAGCAGCAAAAGCGGUCGUAGUAGCCAUCACAGUAGCCACCGGGCCGAAGGGAGCGGCAGCAGGCCCGAAGGCAGCCACAAGUCAUCCUCUCACCACGGCUCUGCAUCAGGAAGUCACAGAUCCGGCGGAAGCAGCCACCACUCCAGUCAUCACUCCAGCCAUCACUCUAGCCAUCACUCCAGCAGUCAUACCCCCAGCCACGCCUCCAGUCGCAGCAGCCGAAGAAGCAGCGCCGGCACCGCGUUAGCAAGCUCCUUGUCCGGCGGGUCAUCUGAAGAGCCGCACUACAACCUCUUCGCGCGGAUGAUGCGCCACUCGAUCAUCCCGCGAGACGUCCACUCCAACCGCGUCGCGAUCAGCGGAUACGACGAUAACCCGGCGCUAUACGACACCAUGAGCGCGGUGUACGGGCUGAACAUCUGCCAGAGGCAAGACGUGCCGCAGUACGGGGAGUACGUGGCUGCUCCUGUUCCUGAUGCGGACGAUUACGAUUACGCGUAUUAUGAUAGUGUCCGGGUGGAGGAGCCUAAUGAGAAUGGGGAAGAGGAGGAGGAGGAGGAGGAGGAGGAGGAGCAAGCUGCGUCGCGCCACGGUAGUGCGAGCGCGAGUCGUCACAGCGGUCGGAGUGGCCGUAGUGGCCGUAGUGGCCGUAGUGGCCGUAGUGGUCGUUAGGGGAAUCAUUCGUGUUGUGUCAUUCUGGGUACUUUUGCUGAAUUCGCUUACGACAUGUACGAUAAUAGGGGAA